UCACUACGCCCCCAGUCUUUCUUGACCGCUCCCAAAUAUCCAUAGACUCAAUGAUGGUGGCGGUGGUGGUGGCGGUGGCGGUGGCCUCCGUCCUCCAUAGCCCGGGGGUUUUGAAUCACACCGACGCGCGUGCCACAACAACCAUCACUACACUCCUCCACUUCGGGCCGGAGCUGCUUCCGUGCCGGUGGCUGCGCUGGAAAGGGGCUGUAGAUAGGGUUGACAAGAGAGCGACCGACCCUGCGUGUCACUUGCUAGUGGCGUGCUUAGUGUCGUGGUUAAUUGUACCGCCAGGGGCCGCCUCGGCUACCUUUCCCUUCUGUUACACAGCCAUGAUAUAGGUUAUAAUAAGCACGCGCAAGGACUUGGGUCUGAG